AGUGAUUGAUCAGCAGAGGUUACUGAGCCUCCUAGUGGUCGCUGGGGUGGGAAUUAAUUCUGGUGGAUAAAUAAUGCAUCGAGGCGUGUGCAGUCCAAGGCAGCCGGCGGUCCGGAGCCGGCAGAUGCCGCCCAGGGAGCCCGCUGCUGACGCCAGAGGCCACGGGGGCCUUGCGGGGCAUGAGGGGCCACCGGGCGACAGGAAGAGCAAAGGGAAGUGAUGACAGCAUGAUUGGCCCAGCGACUCUGGCCGGCCGGCUGCGGGAACAUGCUGAGCCCAAAGAUCAGGCAAGCCCGGCGGGCCCGCUCCAAAAGCCUGGUGAUGGGGGAGCAGAGCCGGAGCCCCGGGCAGCUGCCCUGCGCCCGCGGGCCGGGCCCCGUGCUGAAGGCGGGCUGGCUGAGGAAGCAGAGGGGCCUCAUGAAGAACUGGCAGCAGCGCUGGUUUGUGCUGCGCGGGGACCAGCUGUUCUAUUACAAGGACAAAGAUGAGACCAAGCCCCAGGGCUUCCUUUCUCUGCAAGGGAAGCAGGUGACCCAGCUCCUUCCUGGCCCUGAGGAAGUGGGGAAGCAUCUCUUCGAGAUCAGCCCAGGUGGUGCUGGUGAGCGGGAGAAGGUGCCGGCCACCCCUGAGGCGCUCCUGCUCAUGGCCAGUUCUCAGCGUGACAUGGAGGACUGGGUGCAGGCCAUCCGCCGGGUCAUCUGGGCCCCGUUUGGUGGAGGGAUCUUUGGGCAGCGCCUGGAGGACAUAGUGCACCACGAGCGGAAGUAUGGCCCCCGCCUGGCCCCCCUGCUGGUGGAGCAGUGCGUGGACUUCAUCCGCGAGCGUGGGCUCACCGAGGAGGGCCUCUUCCGCAUGCCGGGCCAGGCCACCCUGGUGAGGGACCUGCAGGACUCCUUUGACUGUGGGGAGAAGCCACUGUUCGACAGCACCACAGAUGUGCACACGGUGGCCUCCCUGCUGAAGCUCUACCUGCGGGAGCUGCCUGAGCCUGUGGUCCCCUUCGCCAGGUACGAGGACUUCCUCAGCUGCGCCCAGCUGCUCACCAAGGACGAGGGGGAGGGGACUCUGGAGUUGGCUAAGCAAGUGAGCAGCCUGCCCCUGGCCAAUUACAACCUGCUCAGAUAUAUCUGCAAGUUUCUGGAUGAAGUCCAGUCCCACUCAGACCUCAACAAGAUGAGCGUGCAGAACCUGGCCACCGUGUUUGGACCCAAUAUACUGCGGCCACAGAUAGAAGACCCAGUGACCAUCAUGGAAGGCACGUCCCUCGUCCAGCACCUGAUGACGGUCCUGAUCCGCAAACACGGCCAGCUCUUCAGUGUGCGGACGGCGGAGGGGCCGGCCGCCCCCCAGGGGGCCCCGCCGUGCACAGCGGCCUGGGGCUGGGAGGAGGGCCCGGGGCACAGCCAGGCGGAGCCCAGCAGCCCCAGCGCCCCCGGGCUGCCCGCGCACAGGACCGCGUCCCUGGACGGGCCCGCCGUGGCCGCGCUCUCCAGAAACUGCGCCCCGGGCCCCGGGAAGAGGGUGCAGACGCUGCCCAGCUGGAAGUCUUCCUUUCGGCAGUCGGGGUCCCGGUCAGGGAGCCCGAAAGCGGGCAGCGCGUCCCUGGAGGUGCCCAUAGUGUCCUCGGGUGGGAACUGGCUCAUGAACGGGCUGUCCUCCCUGCGCGGCCACCGCCGGGCCUCCUCGGGGGACCGGCUCAAGGACUCCGGCUCCGCGCAGAGACUGUCCACCUACGACAACGUGCCCACGCCCAGCCUGGCCCCCAGCACCCCCAGCGAGCCCAGCACCACGUGGUCCGGGGCCUCCUGCGAGGCCUCCGCCGGCGGCUCCGUCAGCAGCUGCACCGCCUGCCGGGCCAGCGACUGCUCUGCCUGCAGCUCCCUGCACACCGAGGGCGCCCUGGAGCCCUCCCCCUUCCCCAGCAGCAGCGAGGACGGCCGGUCCCCAGACCUGGGUCACAGCCUGGACGAGGUGGGCGUCUGCCUGAGCAGCAGCGAGCCCAGCGACCCGGGCAGCCCGGGGCUGGACCACGCGCACCGCUCCAGGGCCCUCCAGGGCCUGGUCACCGAGCUGCGGGCCGAGCUGUGCCGACAGAGGACGGACUACGAGCUGAGUGUGAAAAGACUGGAAGAUGGCACUGCCGACCUGCGGAAGCGCGUGUCGCGGCUGGAGGAGGAGCUGGGCCAGGAGAAGCAGAAGCACAGGAUGCUGCAGAUCAAGCUGAGGAACUCGGAGCGGGCGCGGGAGGACGCCGAGAAGAGGAACCAGCUGCUGCAGAGGGAGAUGGAGGAGUUCUUCUCCACCCUGGGGAGCCUGGCUGCUGGGGCGAGAGGCGCGAGCACCCCGAAGUAGAGUGCAGGUCUGCGUGCUGCUCCACCCCCGCAGCAGCCAGGGUGGCUGGGCUGGGAGAGCCAGCAGCCCUGCAGUGUGGGCCCGGCCUCCGCGGUGCCAGGUGCUCCGGAGCCGGCGGAUAAGGGGCCCUGACACCUGGCCGGGGGCUGCCGGAAGCCGGGGCCCCUCAGGGGCUCUGGAUACUGCUGCUGUGACUGAGGGGCUUGGCAGGUGUCAGAAGGGACAGGCCCUUGGCCCCCAAAGCAGAUGGCACCUGGGAUCCAAGUAGCCCACUGGGAACACUGUGCAUUCUUUAUUAA